CUGGGAUUAGCAUAUCUGGUUGGUGGACUUUUCAUCAUUGUUCAUCAUCUUAUGGAAUUGAAAGAAGAUGACUCUGGAGGGGAUACAGAGGAAACAAACAAACAAGAAGAUCGGUACCAGAGACUGCUUGGUCGCCGAGAAAACUUCGUACUUCAUGCAGUUGUCACUGUUUUAUCAUUCGUAGUAGCCGGUGCUGUCCCUGUCGUUAUUUACGGCAUAUUGAUCGGUGAAAAUUACUCUUCGGAAGUGAAGGUUGCAGAAGUAGUGGCCGCUUCUAUGGUAUGCAUCAUUCUGCUUGCAAUUGGCAAGGUUUACACCAAAAGACCGCCCAAAUCAUACGCCAAAACACUGUCGUAUUAUGUUACCUUGGCGGUUGCAACUUCGGUAGUGUUUUAUGUAGUGGGACAAUUAAUUAAGGAUCUCAUAGAGAAGCUCAGUGAAUUAGAGUCAGGUUUUGCCGUACACAUGCCCAUUUUAGGCUCAGCAGAGAGGGAACCACCAUGGACAUCAUAUUGAAGUUGAUUAGAUAUCCAGACAUUACUUUUCAUAUAAUUUUGUCCUCGUUCGCGUGAUAAAAUUGUGCUGAUUUUUCCUCCUUUUGGGUUUUGGCCCUCGUUGGCGUUGGCUGAUUUUGGAACC